AUGAGAUCCCUUAAGUACUGCCGUCUGGCAAUUGAACCCCAUGAGGGCAUUGGUGCUAUCAAACUCGGCAAUUCUCUUAAUCAGGUCAUCAAGUACAUCAAAAUGCAGUCCUGGGGCACGAACGUGGUAUUUGUGUAUGAUGAACGCGAAAUCAACAGAGUACCGAUAACCCUGUCGCUACCGUCGGUUGGAUUGCGCUUCACGUUCGACCCUUAUUUCCAGAAACUCUUUCUGAUCGAGGCAACCAACUGGUCUGGCUGUGAAUUUUUGUAUCAGAAAGUCAGCAUCAAUGGUGACGAGGCUCCCACUUUCCAGACCAUCUACAACAAGCACUUUGGGCCUGCAUACCCGGGACAUGUGGAGCCGGACUCAGACAUUUAUGCACUUUCGUAUCCGGGGAUUGUGUUCAAGUUUAAGUUGACGGCUGCUGCUUUGAAGAAGAGAACCGGUACUGAUGAGAAGUUCGUGCAGACCCUUAACGGGAUUGGGUCCUCCAUCGAUUGCACAGGGUUUUCGAUUUUCAAGGGUGCUUCUUGGAGGGAGGCCUCUGCGCUUAUUGCUUCCUGUUUGAGGAUGACGGGGCUGCAGUUUUUGUCGAGUCAGGCCAAUGAGCAUGAAAGCUCUUCUGCUGAGAGUAUGAUCACCUGGAACACCCACGCGAAAGUGCUCAAGUUGAUCUGCUGCGAGAUUAAUCUUCCAAUUGGGAUUGUCAGUUUCUCUUUUUCGUCGCAUCCAGAUGACGUUGAGAGCUUUCUUCUCCAACUUGGAAAAACCACAAUGCAGGAAAUGGUGGGAAUAUUUGGAUUGCCUGGUGAAGUACAAGAUCGAACUUUCGAUUCAAAGCUUAACAUCCACAGUCUCAAAGCGACUGCAGGCUCUGGAAGUGAUUCUAGGGGUGUCAAGAAGGUGCACAAGUACUUAAGGUACGGAUUUGAUGUUAUUUACGAUACUAGCAUCACUUUCUACGGGAGCCCUCCAGUGAAGAAAUUGGUGAUCCACAACAACAUGGUGAACUCGUUGGAGUUCAUGGCCUAUGAGAGACUCAACUGGGUAAUGCUGGGCUAUGACCCCGAGAAUGUUGAUAAUUGCAAGAAAGACAUAGAAGCCACACCGUCGAUUCUGUCGCUAAAGCCCUAUUCUCACCCGAGUCGGGCGGAGCACCUCUGGAGCAAACGCUGGGAUGAGGCAACCCGGCUCCUGAUACAUUCUUCGAUGAUAUACGGUGAUUUUCCAUCAUAUUUCAAGCCUGAGGACUCGUCUGUUAACCAGCCGCUUUUUCUGGACCGCCGCCAGUACGCCAUCAACCAGGCUCUCAACGAAAUCCAAGGUACUGGCAUCUCCAAGACAUUCAGCAGCGGUAACUUUGAGGUGAUUGACUACGAUGACAAUGAGGACUCCGUGAGCUCUGGUCAAAAUUCUAAAGAGGAUGUGACGCAUGUGCAGGCGGCUGGUGAUGGUGCCAGUGAUGAUGAUGCUGGCUCCAUCACCGUCACCGAUGUACCGGCUGUGAAGAAGUAUACCUCCAAGGACCGGAGCAAAGACUGGGGGUCUACAAGACUAUAUGGAUUUGGAAGAGUUGUUUUUGAGGUGCUGGUUGACACGGAUAGUGUUAGUUCUGUGACGUUGUUUUGA